CACAACGUCACAGAAUCUGUCACAACAGGAAAGGCAUCAUGAGUGGGAGGGCUGAUAUAGUGAACACUUUUAUUUACUCUUCAGAUGAAGAAACAGCACACGGAGAGAGACGCGUCCCUUCUAGUUGCCCAACACUUAAACGCCACUCAGUAAGGAUCCACCGAAGCUGGAGGAAAGGGCAAUUGUUGGCAGCUGCUGAAUGGAGUCAGACUGAUGGGAAACGUUUACAGGCAGAUAAAAUGGAUGUAAACAUGAUGCAAGUCAUGGUCUUCCUAAUUCUCUACGUAAACCAAGUGUCAGGCAUAAAAAUCCCGUCACCCGAUAAUGUGGAAGUAAAUAUUUCAGAUGGGGAGGUGACUCUAUUUUGGGAACAACCCGGGGAUGCCUCAUCAGAUUUCGUGUAUAAUGUGCAAAUGGCAAAGUACAAUAAUGAGUGGGCCGAAGUACCCAGCUGCACAAAAACAAGGAAAACUUAUUGCAUCCUCAAUAACUCCAUUCAUGACUACAGGGUCAUCUACAAGGUCAGAGUUCAGAUGGCCAAAGGAUUUGAAAAGUCUGACUGGAUAAGCAAAAAAAUUCGUCUAAAUGAAGGUGGAUUGCUUCCUCCUUCCUUCAAUUUGUGGGCGACUUCCAGCACUUUGACCAUCUAUGUGCAUGAAAAACCCAUGCUGAAGAAAAUCUUCCCGUCUGGAGUCACCUACACCAUCACUUUGGAAGAAGUAGGAGACGAGAACAAGAUUACCACAGCUUACAUGACAGAUUAUUCAGAGGAGGAUCAGAGGUCAAAGACCUUCACUGGUCUCCAAUGGGGGAGAAAAUAUUGCGUGAGAGUCAAAGUUGAGGCAACAGCAGCUCUUUCUUCCAGCAGACUGUCUGAUCAACAGUGUCUCGUCCUUCCAGAACAAGAGUUCUACAUAAUUGCUGCGACAUCGUUGUCUCUUCUGGGAGUCCUUGCAGUGGUUACUAUUAUGUCAAGCAUCCUCUUGUGUUAUUUGAGACGUCCUGCAAAAACGCCCACAUCACUGAAAUCCCCUAUAAGCGGCUGGCAUCCACUUUCUGUGUCAGAAGGAUCUAUGGAGGUGGUUACAGACAAAGGAUGGUUUCUUUCCAGUUACAACACGGGGGCGAAAAACUCUGCCAAACUUCCAGUGAGCCACACUACAAUAGUAGAAGACGUCGAGGAGGAGGAGGAUAUCCGGAGGAGCAGGAUGGACAGCAGCCUCAGCAUGGAGUCAGACUCUGAUACGAAGAGUGUUGAAAAGCCUCCAGUGAGACAAGAAGACAGCGGCUGUGGGAGCAUGGGAGACCCAGAGGGUUCCCCCGACAGUCAGGGAGAUUAUCCUCUACAGAAUGAUGUAGACACAGGUGAUGCUGGGAAAAGAGAAGACAGCGGGACGGGCAUGAGCUGCCAGCUGGACUCUUCAUCUGUAAACCUGGACGGUCAGGACGGUGAGCCUCUAAUGGAAACAGUCAUCGUGGACAAUUAUUGCAGGCAGAAUCCAUCUGUGAUGCAAAUCCAGAUCAGUGACGACGUAGACACGUUACAAAAUAUCCCUGCACACUCAAUGUUGGCUAAAGUGGUGACAGGAUACAGAGCCGGGCCUCAGUCCUGUAUCUGCUCAGGGUCGGGUCAGUGCAGCUGGUGCCACAAAAAUGAACUGCUGAGCACCAGAAGUGAACUUUACCAGAAAAAACACACUUUUUCAGCCUAUUCUAAAGAAACACACAUAGAUACUGUCAUGAUUGAGGAUUUAGAAACAACAUUUUUACAAAUAAGUGACACUUGUCCACUGCUGAUACCUCUGCACUCGAUAAAGUGUGAACAAGACUUCAACAUGAACAGCCUCUCGCUGUGUGACGUCCAACUGGCGUCUGAGUAAGGCUCCGUGGAAUGCAAUGACAAUUUUAAACCUGUCACAGCCUCUCCUGCAUGUCGUCCUCACUGGAUCAUCGGAAUUGAAGCUUAGAAGUGAACAAAACGCUUCAAAAUCUAGAGAACAGAAGGCAACAUUUCAAACUGAUGAAGCGGUUUUUGAACACAGGAAGGAAACAGCAGUUCGGCUGUGCAGCUGAAGUCUUGGGAGCUUGUUGAAGAACUCACCGUGAAGACUUUAUUCAAACCUGUGUGAGGGGAGGUAUUUAUAACUAACUGAAGUCAUUUAGAACAGAAGCGAAACUGAAGAGCACUGCUGAGAAAACACAAAAAGUUUUGAACAUUUCAUCACACAUGCUUAACUUUUUUCUAAUUAUUCCACUCAAGCUGAAAAAAGUAUUAAUAGAACAUUACUUGUAACUGAUUUGUCAUUCAUCACAUUCUUGGUCAGAUUUCAUAAACUGAGAAAUAUGUCUUGACUUGUUUUAGCUUGUCUUCAUUUCACCCGACUCAGCGAGUAGCUUUUAUUUUGGAGAAUCUAUUUAUUAGUCAUUAGGGGGAAACUACAUUAUUUAUUUUUAUCACAGAGAUUGUAUGUACUUUUUUACUUCUGUAUUUGAUUAAAAGCUGUAAUAAUGUACUGUGAAA